AUGACUUUAAAUAAGAAGAAACAAAAGACAGUUGGUUCUAGCUCUAACGAUAAUCAUAAUAAUAAUAAUAAACUUGUCAAUGAGUUUUCCGAAAAGAUGUGUGCCACUUAUGUUAAAGCAGCAUUUGAUUCACUAGAAAAGAACGAUUCUCUUCAAGUGGAUUCAUUGACUUCAAAAAUAAGUUUACCUUUUGAUCAUCAUGAGUCGAUCUCAUUACCUACCUUCAAUGUGGUUCUUAGAGCCCUAAUAAGCAAUGUGUCAAGAUUUGACAUAAAUAAAUCGUCAGGUUUAAUAUCUGCUAUUUUGGAUUAUAAAUGGUUAGAUGUUAAACAAGUAGACCAAUCAGCAUACGUGGUAUUUAUAGACUUAUAUUCGAAUUUUUUAUCGGUUUUAAUAUCAUCCUUCCCCAAAUACUUGCAUGAUGUUAUGUCAAAACUAGUCAAAGAAUUCAUUAAAGUUUCACCACAGGUAGUCUCUGCAUCUGCAUCAUUAUCAUUAUCGUUGUCUCCAACGAAAUCAUCAAAUCCUAUUAUUAAUCAUCAUGAUGUUCUUGCAAAAAUCAUUAAAAUCAUCCCCACUUCAGUCAAUACAUUACCAGGUAUAUUACAGAAGAACUUCCCUCACCAUUUAUCAUCAUCCCAAGCAGAAUUAACCAAUUAUGUGGGUAAUCUCCUUUGCAUCACGUCCUACUGUUCCGAAUUACAGUUCACCAUUUGGCAAUUGAUUCUCGAAUGCUGCAUCAAAUUGGAUGUUGAAUUACAGAAUGAACUCGACUAUUUAAGAGAUGAAGAAAUCGAUGAAUUGAUUAAUGGUAAGGAGGAUGGCAAUGAUGACGAUGCAGAUGAUGCUGAUUUGACCCUUGUUGGGGAUGUCCCUAAAGAUGAGUGUGGUAAUAAUAGUGAUGAUGAUGAAGAUGAUGAUGAUGCUGCUGCUGAAAAUGACGAUGAGGACGACUUACUCAUGGGAGAAGAGUAUAUCUUAGACACUGUCAGUUCUCCAGAACAUAUCAAGAGUUUAGUGGGUAAAUUAGACUCUAUCAUUGCAUCAUUAUUAAAUGGGACUGAAGAAUCCUUUAGUCUUAACGAAUUGAAUUCAGGUAAUGGGGUUCCACUUUAUAAUACUUUGACUUCCCUUUUCAAAACGCAUAUUUUACCCACCCAUUUCACUAAACUGAUUCAAUUUGUUCAUUUCCAAAUAUCCCAAUACCAACCAGAAUUAUCCGAUUCAUUCCUUGUGAUGCUAAUUGAUGUGGCGUUCAAUCAAAUGGAGAUUUUGGAAAAAAGAUUGAAAGCUAUGCAAUAUUUAUCUUCAUACAUUGCUAGAGCAAGAUCUUUAUCAAAAAACCAAGUGGUGUUUGUUGUGAGCUACUUGGUUACCUGGUUAGACAAAUAUGUAAUGGAAAGAGAAUGUGAAAUUCUUGAUAUGGAAAGCAAUAAGAAUAGCAACAUGCAAACCACCAGGAGUACCGGUGGUAUGGAAAGAUUCAAAUUAUUCUAUGCUGCCUUCCAAGCCCUCUUGUACAUUUUUUGUUUCAGAUAUGAAAUGUUGAGACUUGAUGGGAACAGCACAGGAUCUUCAAAGCAAAGAGCUGGUGAUUCUGAAUGGGAAUCUGAUUUGGAUAAAUUUUUCCAACGAGCAAUUCUUGCCAAAUUUAAUCCAUUGAAAUUCUGUGACGAAUCUGUGGUAUUUAUCUUUGCCAAAAUUGCAACUAAGUUGAAUGUUUGCUAUUGUUAUUCCAUCAUUGAACAUAACAAGAGAGAGAAGAUUUUACAGAACAACGGGAAAUCUGUAAUGCCCUCAGCAGUUGGGAACUUCAAGCAAAAGCAAGAGUUUUUAGACUUGGAAGCUUAUUUCCCCUUCGAUCCUUUGGUCUUGCCCAGUUGUAAGAAAAUAGUUGCCAAGAAUUAUGUUGAAUGGCAUAAUGGUGAUGAUGAAGACGAUGAAUUCAGUGGUACCACAAGUUGUGGAGGUGGACUGGGAGACGAUGAAGAUGACGAUAAUGAAAUUUCGGACUCGAAUGAUGAAGAUCUUUCAAGUGAUGAAGAAGAUGAGGAUGAAGAUAUUUGA